GCCUGCGCAGAGCUCGCUGGCGGGGAUCGGUGCCGCUUCCCAACCCCACUGAGCGGUGGUCCAGCUGCCCGGACAGGCGGGGAAGAAUGGAGCGGGUGGACGGCGGCGGUGGGGCCGAUCGCGGCGCCUCAGCAGACCCACGGAGCGCCUUCGUGCUGAGUAACCUGGCGGAAGUGGUGGAGCGAGUGCUCAGCUUCCUGCCCGCCAAGGCGCUGCUGCGGGUGGCCGGCGUGAGCCGCCUGUGGAGGGAGAGCGUGCGCAGGGUGCUGCGGGCCCAGCGCGGGGUGGCCUGGAUCGCGGCGGGCCCGGUGGACGGCGGCCACCCGCAGGAGCACUGCCUGGUCCGCGUGGCAGCCCGGGAGCUCGAGAAUGUUCACAUCUUACCACAGACGGUUCUUUACAUGGCUGAUUCUGACACUUUCAUUAGCCUGGAAGAGUGUCGAGGCCACAAGAGAGCAAGGAAAAGAACGACAAUGGACACGGCGUUGGCCCUGGAGAGGCUGUUCCCGGAGCAGUGCCAAGUCCUGGGGAUCGUGACCCCAGGGAUUGUAGUGACGCCAAUGGGACCGGGUAGCAGUCGGCCUCAGGAAAUAGAAAUUGGAGAAUCUGGCUUUGCUCUACUCUUCCCUCAGAUUGAGGGAAUAAAAAUACAACCCUUUCAUUUCAUUAAGGAUCCAAAGAACUUAACACUAGAAAGACGCCGCCUCACCGAAGCAGGCCUCCUCGAAAACCCUGAGCUCCGAGUGGUCCUGGUGUUCGGCUACAACUGCUGCAGGGUGGGCGCCAGCGACUACCUGCAGCGAGUCAUCGGCACUUUCAGUGACAUGAACGUCAUCGUGGCUGGCGGCCAGGUGGACAACCUGGCCUCGCUGACCUCCGAAAAGCACCCUCUCAACAUCGAUGCCACCGGGGUGGUCGGGCUGUCGUUUAGCGGCCCGCGGAUCCAGAGUGCCACCGUGCUCCUCAACGAGGAUGUCAGCGACGAGAAGACAGCCGAGGCGGCCAUGCAGCGCCUCAAAGCAGCCGGCAUCCCUGAGCGCAACACCGUCGGCUUCAUGUUCGCGUGCGUGGGCAGGGGCUUUCAGUACUACAGGGCCAAGGGGAACGUGGAGGCCGACGCGUUCAGAAAGUUCUUCCCCGGGGUUCCUUUGUUUGGCUUCUUUGGAAACGGAGAAAUUGGAUGUGAUCGCAUAGUCACCGGGAACUUUGUCUUGAAGAAGUGUAACGAGGUAAAGGACGAUGACUUGUUUCAUAGCUACACAACAGUAAUGGCGCUGAUUCAUCUCGGGUCGCCGAAAUAAAGCCGCCCCGGAAGGGGCUUUCAUAGCACACGACCUUGGGGUUCUGCCUUUCCAGGAAAUGGAGACUUGGGAUGUAUGUAUUUCAAACAAAAAUAGCUUUACAUGUAUUUGUUUUGUAGCUUUGAUGCUCUAAAGAUUUCUUUGGGGUAGUUUUAAUAUAAUGGAAGGACAA